UCAUGUUUGUUUCAAUAUAAUGUGGUAACUAUUCAAUGAUCUUGUGUGAUUAAUUACUGAUGUCGCAAUUUAGGUCUGCAAGAACCGAUUUGUGGGUUAACCUUCGUGUUUGAACAUAGGGAAUCACCUCGUAGCAACAUCCUGUAAAAAAUCAAAAAUGUUUGAAAGCCUUUCAUCCCAUUUAUUCAUCCAAAUAGAUGACACCACACUCACCCCAUAGUUUGUAUAUUAAACCUUUCAGAGUCUACCACUAGUUAUAUCUAUUUUUAAGCUACGCGGAUGCUAACACCAUAACGCGACUGAUCACAUGAUGUUUGUAAUCGUUUGAAAUUGGAUCUUUGAUAUUUUAACAAAAGUGUUUGUCCUUUGGGAUAUGUCCUUCACACAUUCACAAUUUCCGCAUGUCUGUCACAGUAACCCCUAUUUACUUUUGCAGUUAUCACUUAUCUGUUGGAUCCACCAAGAUCAAUUUCCUAGGAUUUAAGUAGCAACUUUUCCCUCAUACAAAUUGCAAUGUUAAAGUUAAUUUAUCUUCGUACUUGUUGGUACAAGAGAACAUUGCCUUCAACAAGACAGCAUCUUCGCCCCCAACUGACUAUGAACAAGAUAAAGGCUGGACUGCAGACAAAGCCGUAGAUGGGAACCGGGACCAGGAUAUGUACCGCGACUCCUGUUUUCACUCUCAUUCUACGGCACCUAACCCUACGUGGACAGUUGACCUGGGACAGCCGUACAGGAUACACGACGUCAGGAUAUACAACCGAGUAAAUUAUCCUCAGUUGAUCAGGACAGCUGUCCUCUCCCUGAGUAACUCCAGCAGCUCCAUACCCGGCGUCACAUGCUACACCUUCCCGAAUGACGCAGCUAAAACAAACAACAGCGUGUACGACGUGACGUGUGACGGCACAGGGAGAUACUUCACCAUCACACACAGCACAGGGCUAAAUCUGUGUGAGGUGGAGAUUAAUGUUUGCAGUCCAGGAGUCUUUGGCGAUAGCUGCAAUCAGUUCUGCCAUUGCUUCCAAGCAACGUGUGACCCAGUCAGUGGUGUGUGUCCUGGAGACUGUAGACCCGGGUGGCAGGGAGACAGGUGUGAUACAGUAUGCUCAAAUGGAAGCUAUGGGCCGAAGUGCAGCAACAUGUGCACUCAUAGGAAUUGUGCAGGAGACUCGCCAUGUGAUCACAUGAGCGGGACAUGUGUUUCUGGGUGUAAAGCUGGAUGGAUGGGUGACGACUGCAUGGAGGUGUGCUCAAAUGGAAGCUAUGGACAGAACUGCCAUAACUCGUGUACUGACAGAAAGUGUGCUGGAGAUUCGACCUGUGGUCACAUAAACGGGACAUGUGUUUCCGGCUGUGCGCCAGGGUGGAUGGGUGAAGACUGCAGAGAAGGGUGCUCAAAUGGCAGCUAUGGACAGAACUGCAAUAACUCGUGUCCUGACAGGAAGUGUGCUGGGGACUCGCCAUGUGAUCACAUAAGAGGGACAUGUGUUUCCGGGUGUGCGACAGGUUGGAUGGGUGAAGACUGUAGGGAAGCAUGCUCAAAUGGAAGCUAUGGACAGAACUGCAACAACUCUUGUACUGACAGGAAGUGUGCAGGAGACUCGCCAUGUGAUCACGUACGAGGGACAUGUGUUUCCGGGUGUGAGCCAGGGUGGAUGGGUGACGACUGCAGAGAAGUCUGUGACAUUGGACGUUACGGAGCUAACUGUGACAAGACCUGUUCCUCCAGACACUGUGUGGGGGACUCUUCAUGUUACUCAACAGGGCACUGUGACUGCGGGUGUGUGACAGGAUGGACAGGAGCGGACUGUACAGCAUGCUCAAAUGGAAGCUAUGGACAGAACUGCAGCAACUCCUGUACUGACAGGAAGUGUGCUGGAGACUCGCCAUGUGAUCACAUAAGCGGGACAUGUGUUUCCGGGUGUGCGCCAGGUUGGAUGGGUGAAGACUGCAGAGAAGGGUGCUCAAAUGGCAGCUAUGGACAGAACUGCAACAAAUCUUGUACUGACAGGAAGUGUGCUGGAGACUCGCCAUGUGAUCACAUUAGAGGAACAUGUGUUUCCGGGUGUGCGCCAGGUUGGAUGGGUGAAGAUUGUAGGGAAGAAUGCUCAAAUGGAAGCUAUGGACAGAACUGCAACAAAUCUUGUACUGACAGGAAGUGUGGUGGGGACUCGCCAUGUGAUCACAUUAGAGGAACAUGUGUUUCCGGGUGUGCGCCAGGUUGGAUGGGUGAAGAUUGUAGGGAAGAAUGCUCAAAUGGAAGCUAUGGACAGAACUGCAACAAAUCUUGUACUGACAGGAAGUGUGGUGGGGACUCGCCAUGUGAUCACAUUAGAGGAACAUGUGUUUCCGGGUGUGCGCCAGGUUGGAUUGGUGAAGAUUGUAGGGAAGAAUGCUUAAAUGGAAGCUAUGGACAGAAGUGCAACAAAUCUUGUACUGACAGGAAGUGUGGUGGGGACUCGCCAUGUGAUCACAUUAGAGGAACAUGUGUUUCCGGGUGUGCGCCAGGUUGGAUGGGUGAAGAUUGUAGGGAAGAAUGCUCAAAUGGAAGCUAUGGACAGAAGUGCAACAAAUCUUGUACUGACAGGAAGUGUGCAGGAGACUCGUCAUGUGAUCACAUAAGAGGGACAUGUGUUUCCGGGUGUGCGCCAGGUUGGAUGGGUGAAAACUGUAGAGAAGUCUGUGACACUGGACGUUACGCAGCUAACUGUGACAAGACUUGCGCCUCCAGACACUGUGUGGGGAAUUCUUCCUGUAACUCAACAGGGGACUGUGACACUGGGUGUGAGACAGGGUGGACAGGAGCGGACUGUACAGUGUGCUCAAGUGGACGCUAUGGACAGAAGUGCAACAACUCAUGUACUGACAGAAAGUGUGCUGGAGAUUCGACCUGUGAUCACAUAAACGGGACAUGUGUUUCCGGGUGUGCGCCAGGUUGGAUGGGUGAAGACUGCAAAGAAGUACAAACCCAAGCUUCUGCCUCCCCGGCUGUGCCUGUCGCGGCAGUUGGUGGUGCUGUGGCCGGCCUUGUCCUGUUGGUCCUGGUGCUGGUCCUCCUCAUCAUCAGGAGGAGAAGAAACAGAGGGAAUAGGCCCCCUGAUGGACCAGUAUUUGAUGAGACGUCCCCAAGGAAUAGAAAGCUCCUAGGUGCUGAUAACGUUUACAUGAAUGUUGGGUUUGAGGAGAACAAAUCCGUGCCCAAGAAAGGACACACUCUGACUAUUGCUGACAAAGAUCACGGCCAUCAAGAGCAUACACAGGAAGCUGAUUCCCAGAGUGUGGCCAACCAAGAGGAAGACGACAAGGACGCCCAUGUUAACAUACAUCCGAAGGGGGAAGCAGUACCGGGUGUCUCAGGAUGUAGCUAUUACAACCUGGGCGACCUUGGUCACGUGAUUCCGUUGUCUUCUCUUGAGGCAAGAGUACUUGAAAUUAAAAACCAUCCCCAAGAGGCAUUCGAGCGCUUGCCAGGCGGAUUUACCCACAGCUACGGAGAAUCUCAGAAGGCAGGGAACAAAGGGAAGAACAGAUUCAAGGGAUACUAUCCAUAUGACUACAACCGUGUGGUAUUGCACGACGACAGUGACGACAGUAGAGGCGACUACAUCAACGCCAGCUACCUAGAUGGAUAUAAAACUGACAAUCGAUACAUUGCAGCACAAGGUCCUUACAAGUCGGACAUUGUCGAGGAUUUCUGGAGGAUGAUUUGGCAAGAAGGUUGCACGUCUAUUGUCAUGGUAACGGGGUUGGUGGAAGCCGGCAAGGUGAAGUGCCUUCAGUAUUGGCCUUCGGGGAAAGUAUCAGAGAAGUUUGGUGACGUUAUGGUUACGGUGGAAACAGAGACACGACUAGCCAACUACACCAUCACCAAGUUGGCUGUUGAGAAUGAAAAGGAAAGCGAGAGACGGGAUGUCUACCACCUUCACUUCAGCAGCUGGCCAGAUCAUGGUGUUCCGGACACUGCUGCCCUGCUGGACUUCAUGUGGAGGGUCAAGGUCAUAUCUGGACAACAAACAGAGCCGAUCAUAGUCCACUGCAGUGCUGGUAUAGGUCGGACAGGGACGUACAUCGCUAUUGAGAGUCUUGUGGAACAGGCAAAGUCAGAGGGCGUAGUGGACGUCGUCAGCUUCGUUUCAAACAUGAGAGGGCAGAGGAAGAACAUGAUUCAGACAAAGGAGCAGUACCUGUUCGUGUACCAGGCGGUGGCGAGGGCGAUGACAGAGGGUGACACGUCAUUGGAUUGUGACGUCAUUAGAGAGAUCAACCUGGAUGACAUGUCAGACUUUGCUAUGGGAAAUAGGACUGUUCAACAACAUAUCAAGGUCUUGCAAAGUGAAAUUCAAGGCCAACCUGACGAUUCACCCAUCACGACUGUACCAUCAUAUACAUCGCGUAAUGGUUUCGUUAUCAUGACGUCACAUCCGAACAAAGAGGAAGUGUGGGAGACACUUUACAAUAGUGACUGCCGAAGUAUAUUCACGUACCCUACACAUGAUCAGUCUUAUCUACCAACAGCUGAAACUUCAGUGACAACCAAGAGGUUCGAAGUGACUACCCCAUUGUCUGACAACAUCUUACUGAACACGGUUGAAGUCAAAUUAAAGGAUAGUGGCGAGGUCACUGUUAUACAACACUACCACAACACCGGAAGUGCACGUGACGUGGAACUGGAUUUGCUUAUUGAUAGCCUUCUGACAUGGACCAAUGAUCCGGAACGAGUCUGCAGCAUGAUCAUUUCUGACUGUAUGAGCGAGUGUCGACUCCUGGUGCUUCUUGUGAACAUCGCCAGCAGACUGCAGGACGACGGCAGAGUGGACGUCAUCAACAACAUGCGACAACUUUACACACGUUUGGGAGGUCCACCAUUCACAGAGGCUGACGUGAGACUAUGUCUGGAGUUUACUCAGCGGCGACUGGAGGCACGCGGAGUUUACGCCAACAUGUGACAACAAGAACCGUACCUUCCAUGGAAGCGACUGUGUGAAACAGUGGCCUAAAGGAAACGUUCAAUAUUAUAGAGAAACAAUGACAUAUCAUCACAGCUUACCAAUAUUCUGUAAGACUGCAACUUUAAGGACAUCAUACCGUCAAUAUAUGAAAUACACCGGAAGCUCCAUCCUUGAAUUCCAUUUCAUUAGGGAAAAUAAUUUCAUAGUUUUAAUGUUGUUACAUUCACUAUAUUUUUAUCGACUUGAUAUUUUGCGUUGUAUUAUUCAUGACCUCUUAUUUGCAAGGCAAGGCUUGGUUUCCUGGUUGCACUCGUAGCAAAUUAUUUUGUUAUGAAAUCCAUAUGCACAUCUUUUUUAUUUUCUCUUUCCGAUUGUAAGUGAUAUAUUGUUGGUAGAGCGAAUGAGAUUUCUAGAUGCACAUGGACGUUAUCUCUCUCUCUCUCUCUCUCUCUCUCUCUCUCUCUCUCUCUCUCUGUAUAAAUAAACAAUUUGAUAUCUUUGUAAAAACGAAAAAAAGAGUAUAAAAAGAGUGUGCACGUUUGUUUAGAAUUUGAUAUUGUUUGCAUAGAGAUUGAUUUGAUUUAACGAAAUUACAAAAAUAUGGACAGGUUCUUUCAAAUGUAUUGAUUCGAUUCUUGUGAAGACAGAUACUGAGUAUGCAUUUACUUUUGGUUUUACUAAAAAGGUAACUUGGCAGAAGAAAGCUUUUUAAAAUGUUAGAAACUAGUUGCAAUUUAGGUAGCAAAUAUAUUUUGAUUCGACAAGCAAUGCCACAACAUUCCACAGAUUUAUUUUUAAAUGGUCUACAAAUUAACACUAAGGCUGGGAUGGUGUGUCAGCUAAAACAAAUAUCAACCAUACGUUAUUCUGUGUAACACAGAAUCAUAACUCUUCUGGUGAGUAGACCUCCAGUUAUCAGCCUCAAAUAAAUAAGGCCUCAAAUAAAAUGUGAGAUUUUAUAUGAUCACGCAAUUAUAAUUUCAUAUAUUAAGAAUACAUUUAACUCAAAUACUUCCGUGUCCUUUAUAUUAUUUUUAGGUUUCAUUUUCUUUCCAUCUUCCAUAACUGAAUGAGCGUGAGUUGUAAGUUAUAAAUUACUGAAGACCUAAUUUCAUCCGAUAUUGCUACCGGGGCGUCUUCCAUUAACUGACUCACUUGGCGUAUUAAACGUUUUCAUAAGGCAUUUGGCAUUUCGAUAAAGCACAUACAAUAUCACUUACGAUAAGUAAGAAAAGGAACUUCUUCACAUUACGGGUGAAAUGGUGACAAAACAAGGAUCAAACUCAGGACGAAUCGUUGAUUCAAAUUCACGAUCAACGGAUCCUGGUUUGACGAGGAUCACGUUCAUCCGAUUCUGACGCCACAGGCCACUUGGCAACCCAUUGCUCUUGAAGCAGGAAUAUAAGAGUGAAUUACCGAAACGUUUGUAUUUAUUGUGCCACUGACCUAGAAUAGGUAUGAAAUAUAAGCGGCUAUUAUUAUUUAUGUGAACUGUAUCUGCGUCAUGGAACAGUUUCAUUCACAUCUAAGUACUCAUGUACCUUCUUCUUAUCAACACUAAAGGUCAACGACACAGAAUCAUCAGUCUCGAAUGUCCACCAAAAGAGAUUCAA